AUGCCUACCUUCCGCAAGACAUUGCUUGCCGCCGUCUGCCUCAUCGCCUUCAUCGUCAUCCUCCGAGCGUCCCGAUCCUCCGACCUCCCCAACGCCCGGGGCUUUCGGCCCGUCGAGAAAAUCUUCGAAGAGAAGGAGAAUGCGAAAGCGCAUCCAGAGACACAAGAGAAGAAAUCCAAAGAACAGCAGCAGCAGCAACAUCUGGGCGCUUCGGUGACAGCGCCGCUACGUGAUCGCCUCCGCUACCAGUUCCCCUACGACCUCGAACCCAGUUUCCCGGCGUAUAUCUGGCAGACAUGGAAAUACCAACCAUCAUCAUACUGGUUUGCAGAAGAGCUGCGCGUCCCAGAGGCUAGCUGGACGGAAAUGAACCCCGGGUUCGUGCACGAGGUCAUUUCCGAUGACACGCAGCGCGAUCUAAUCAAAUACCUGUAUGGGAUGAUUCCGGAUGUGUUCGAGGCGUACGACUCCAUGCCACUUGCCGUCUUAAAGGCGGACUUCUUCCGCUAUCUGAUACUGCUGGCCCGCGGCGGCAUCUACAGCGACAUCGACACCCACGCUAUCCAGCCCGUCAUCCACUGGCUGCCCGAAAAGCUCGACAAGUCCACUGUAGGCCUUGUCGUCGGUAUCGAGGCCGAUCCAGACCGCGAGGACUGGGCCGAUUGGUACUCGCGCCGCCUGCAGUUCUGCCAGUGGACCAUCAUGUCCAAACCGGGGCAUCCGAUUUUGCGCGAUAUCAUCGUGCACAUCACCGAGCACGCGCUGCGGAUGAAGAGAGCUGGCAUUUUGAAAAAAGGCAAGAUGGACAAGACUGUCGUCGAGUUCACGGGCCCGGGCGCCUGGACUGAUGCCGUCUUCCGCUACUUCAAUAACCCGGAAUAUUUCAACAUUCAGCCCGGCGAUAAAAAUAUCACGUACGAGGACUUCACGCAGCAGGUCGAUUACCGCAAGGUCGGCGAUACCCUCAUUUUGCCAAUUACCAGCUUCAGCCCGGGCGUCGGCCAGAUGGGUGCCGAGGAUAUUGAUCAUCCUAUGGCCUUUGUGAAGCAUGAUUUCGGAGGUAAGAGUACUCGGCGUGUUGUUUUCACAUAUGGUAUUAACAUUCAUGCUUCCAGGGAUAUGGAAAACAGACCCCUCGCUUUAAAUAAUACAACCCCCUAUUCGCAACCUACCACUACCAUUAUCCCCGCCAUAAUGAAGACAGUCCGUUCUCAUCACAAUGAAAUUGGCCGCUUCGAUGCCUGUUCGGCCCCCAUCAAGCUACGACCUGCUAUCACUUCAGCAAUGGAAGCGGCCUCCCUGCUUGACAGAGGCACUGCCUUUUUCGGCGAGGCUGCUCGCGCUAUCGGCCGAACCAUCCCGUCCGCGGGGCUCCUGCCUUGCCCGUCCGGCCCACCUCAGACGAAUUGA